CCCGCGCUACUGCGGCUGCGCGGUGCCCUGAACGCGGCCCACCAUGUGGCGCCUCCCCGGGCUCCUGGGCCGAGCCUUCCCGCGUCUUCCCGAGCCCGGCUUUAGAGAGGUGACCACCCGCCUGCCCAGCCAAGAUGAGCCCGCUUCCGUUUCCAGCCCGAGGCCCGGCCCGGCUCGUCGGGAGCCGCGCCGCCCCCCAGCUCGGGGCUGGACGUGCCGGUGGUUGUCCAGUCGUCACCUGCCACCCACGGCGUGGGAUGCCCUCUCCUGGGGAGCCCUGGCGGUGCUGGCGCUGCAGCUGGCCAGGCAGGUCCACUUCCGGGCCCGCUCGCUCCGGUCCGGGGGCACUGAGCCGGAGGCCCGGGGGGCCCCCCCGUCUUGUGCCCGCUCCCCGGCCCGCCGGCUGCCGCAGGAUUUCGCGCUGAGGAGAAACGUGCCGCCCGAGGCCCGGGCGCUGCACCCGCCCCCAACCGGUGCCCGGGACCCCGGGGCGGACCCACCCCCGGACCCUCCGGACGGCGGCCGCUCUCGGACCGCCGAGCCCCGGCGGCCACGGGGAGAAGAGCCCAGCGAUGGUUUCUUCCUGGACGUCGACGCCGCCGCGGGUCUCGGGGCAGGGGCGGACCAGGACCGGGCACCGGACGCGGGGCGGCAGGAGAAGGCGGGGCCCGAGGGCUCCGUGGAAGAAGCCGCCCUGUCUCUACAGAAGCUCUACCAGCUCAGCGUUGCCUUGGUGCUCAACGUCCUGGGGACGGAGAGCAUGAGGCAGGGCCGCUGCGGGUCCGCCUUCUCCUGCUUCCUCCAGGCCGCGGCCCGCGGAUACGCCAAGGCGCAGUACAACGCCGGGCUGUGCCUGGAGCUGGGGCGGGGCACCCGCCGGGAUCUGUCUCAGGCCCUCCUCUACUAUGAGCGCGCUGCCAGCCGGGGGCACCUCCUGGCCCAGUACCGCUACGCCCGCUGCCUGCUGCGGGAACCGGCCGCGGAGGCCGGCCACCGGGGAGCCUCGUCCGCGCUGGAACGCCUGGCCGAAGGAGGCCUGACGGAGGCCCAAGCUUUCUUAGGGGUGUGGCUGAUCCGGGGGCCGCACCGCGACGAGAGGAGAGCCGUCCACUUCUUCCGCCUGGCAGCUGCCAACGGGGACCCCCAGAGCCAGUACCACCUGGGUGUGUGUCACGAGCUGGGCCUCGGGGUCCAGCGGGACGUGGGUACGGCGGCGCGCUGUUACCGGCGGGCGGCCGCUCAGGGCAACCCACGGGCCCGGGAGAGACUGAGCCUCCUCCUUCCUUCCCCCCCGGCCCGGUAAGGCAGCAAUAGCAACAGCCGCCUGCUUCCUCCCUCCCGUCGUCAGAGUCCCUCCUCCCGGUCCUGGGGGGGGGGGGGUCCGGCCGGGGUCUCUCCUCCCUGCCUCCUCCUCCUCCGUCCCUCCCUGGCAAGAAGAGAGCCCGCCUGCCGCCCCUGAGCCCCCUCCCCUGUCUCCGGCCUGCCGAACUCUCCGCUCCGGGCCCCGGGGGUCCUCCGGGGAGGCGGUGGGUUCCUGGGGGCUGCAGCGUGUCUCUCCCUUCCAGGCACGGGCCUCCGUGGACGAGAUGCUUUUUCCAGCCCUCCCUCCGCCUGCCGGACCCAGGCCAGCCCCCGGCCCCUUCCUUCCUGCCCAGCUCCCCCACUCCUGGGAGCACCGGCAGCCUGGGGCUCCCCGCAGGGCGGAGACUCCACCGGGGCCGCGGCCGGAACACCCCGGCAUCUGGCCAUCAGAUCCACGAGGGGCUCUUGGCGCGCCUGGGGUUUGGGUAGGCCGGGGCGGCCCGGACUCGGGGAUCCGGACGAGGCAAUCCCUCCCCUGUGGGGGCUUACGGCUCCUCCCGCCCCCGGGGCCCCGUGGACCUCCCCUGGCCGUGGGGUGGGUCGCGCCGGGGGCGGGAGGGUCCGGCCAGCAGGGCUCCGGGAAAUACCCGGCGACGGUCCCCGAAGGUGGCCGGCGGUGGUCGCCGGAGCCGGUCCCUGGCAACGGAUUCCGGCGACGGCGCCCCAGCAGCACGCCUGCGCUGACGGUCCCUGGCGACCCUCUCCGAUGACGGUCCCCCCGCCGACGGUCUCCGGCUGCGGUCCCCUGGGCGGUCGUCUCCGGCGAUGGUCCACCCCGCGGCGACGGUCUCCUGCGGGGGUCCUCGGCGGUGAUCCCCUGUGAUGGUCCCGCCCCAGCGGCGGUCUCCGGUGAUGGUCCCCGGGGACGGUGCCUUGGCAAUAGCCCCCCAGCGACGGCCCUCCAGUGGUCCUGUGUGUACAGGCACUGGCCUGUUUCCCAGCCCCGGGCCCUGCCGUCAUCGGCGGCACCUCGGGCUCAGUGUCACCCGGAGUGGGACCCGGCUUCCUCGGCCCCGAGGCGUCCCACCGUGGGACUCCCAGGGACCCCAAGCGCGGCCCCUUAGCCCUGAAAGGGCCCCGGCUGGCCCUCGGUGUGUGCCCCGGGGAAGGCCGCCUCCUCCUGGGGGGCCUUCCCUGAUUGACGCCCCUCCCAGCCCCACCUCAGUCAUGCCUUCCUCUCGGGAACCGUAGCCUGGCGUGUAUGUAUGCUUUGUUGAUCGGUUUUCUCAUCGUGAAUGUACUUCCCUACCGUUGUUUUGUCAGUUUCUGUUACACAGACUUUCAUUUUUUUAA